UUGUACUUCUAACAACUAUUAGUAAUGUAAUUUCAAUAACAACCCGGACCUAAAGAGCUUGAAAAGUGUGAUUCAGAUGUAAUUUCAAUAACAAGCACGUAAUUGCAAACAUCAUCAAAAGUCUCAAUGUCUUGUCUUUGGGUUCCUACUAAAUGUAUAAAACCCCAAUUGGGGUCUUCCAUUCAUUUCCAGAGCAAAAAAGAAAAAAACCACAACGCGAAGGCACAAGUGCAAGAUAACAUGCCUGCUCAACCUCCCACAAUUCCUCUCCUUACUCCUUACAAAAUGGGAAAGUUCAACCUUUCUCAUAGAAUUGUUUUCCCACCACUGGCUAGAAUGAGAUCAUACAAUAAUAUUCCACAGCCACAUGCCAUCUUAUACUACUCUCAGAGAACAUCUCAAGGGGGUCUUCUCAUAGCUGAAGCCACUCUUGUUUCUGACACAGAUCAAGGGUGGGUGAAUAAUCCUGGUUUAUGGACAACGGAGCAAGUUGAAGCUUGGAAACCGAUUGUUGAUGCUGUUCAUGCUAAAGGCGGUGUCUUCUUCUGUCAGAUUGUGCAUCCGGGGAGGGUUUCAAAUAGCGGUUUCCAGCCAAGGGGACAAACUCCAAUCUCUUCUACUGACAAGCCACUAACCUCACAAAUACUAACUAAUGGCGUUGCUGUUGCUGAAUACACACCUCCAAGACGAUUAAGGACAGAUGAGAUUCCACAAAUUGUCAAUGAUUUUAGACUUGCUGCAAGGAAUGCUAUCGAAGCUGGCUUUGAUGGGGUUGAAAUUCAUGGGGCGCAUGGCUACCUGAUUGAUCAGUUUAUGAAAGAUCAAGUGAACGAUCGAACAGAUGAAUAUGGUGGAUCGCUGGAGAAUCGUUGCCGGUUCACUCUGGAAAUCGUUGAAGCUGUUGCUAAUGAGAUAGGAGCAGAUAAAGUUGGAAUUAGAUUAUCUCCAUUUGCCGACUAUAUGGAAUCAGGGGAUUCGAAUCCAAAAGCAUUAGGCCUUUAUAUGGCCAAAUCCUUGAACAAAUACGGGAUCCUGUACUGCCAUGUGGUUGAGCCAAGAAUGAAGACAGUUGGAGACAAAAGUGAAACCCCUUACAGUCUUCUGCCCAUGAGAGAAGCUUUCAAAGGCACCUUCAUUGCUGCUGGUGGUUUUGACAGGGAAGAUGGGAACAAUGCUGUGGCAAAGGGCCGUGCAGAUCUUAUUGCUUAUGGACGUUGGUUCUUGGCUAAUCCAGAUUUGCCCAAGAGAUUUGAGCUUAAUGCUCCUCUAAAUAAGUACAACCGAGAGACAUUCUAUACAUCUGAUCCGGUUAUUGGUUACACUGAUUAUCCUUUUCUUGAAACUACUGCUUAAGUUUCCUGCAGCCCAAGGAAGCUUGAACAUACUUGGAUCUUAAUCUGCUUAUUCGUAUUGUUACCAUUCUUCCACUAGGGCUCGUUUGAUACGUCGGACUGUACUGACUAAUUUCUAUCGGAUAGUAUUAAUCUGUUCCGGAGAGUACUGACUAUUUAUCCAUAAUAUUAUAAGGCGUUUGGUGCUGUUCCGGAUAAAUAAUCUGACUAAGUUAUACUGUGUUUGGUGAUGUUUUGGAUAACAUCAGAUCAUACUAUUUAUAGAUAAAAAAAAUAAAAAAAAAUCUUUGAUAAUUUAAUGGAAA